CGACAUGAUUUUAAAUUCACGUUUCAAUUAAAACAACGGCCACAAUUAAACACAGAGGAUUAGACCCUCAAAUUUAUCUAUAAAUAGAGUCAAAGAAAACACCUUCUCAACACACCAAAAUCAAUUCUUCAACUCAAUAUCGAUCGGCUCUUUUAUUGGAGAUAUGACAACUCUGGCGGCAGACGCAAUUCCAAGAUUCAUUGUGAUGAAAUCAAAACCAUAUAGUGAUAAAGGGCAUGCAUACUUCAAGGCAGAUGCAAAGGGCAGUGGUGGGUCCGUAGUUCUGGGUGAAGCCGACGUGUUCAGCACGCUCGUGAAGAUGGAGGCCGAGCGAUCAACGAGCGACAACAAAUACAUCAGCCUGCGAUUUGGUUACUCCAAUAGAUAUUGGGUGCUCAAGGCAAACAGCAACUUGAUUGUGGCGGAGUCCGACCAGCCCGAUGAAGACACGACGAAGCCAACAUGUACACUGUUCGAGGCAGUCAAGGUAGAUGAUUUCUUCUACUUGAUUCACGUUCAGAGCGGAGGGCGUGUGUUGAUAGAUAGCAAAACCUUGCAUUUCUUCUUGAAAUCAGACGUCAAAAGUGAUGAAGGUUACCUAACUUUUGUGGAUUGGGAUUCACUAGUGAAACUGCCUCCGCGUGUGGCGUUCAAAGGGGAUAACGGAAAGUAUCUCGGAACUAUGAUCGCCAUAUUAAACUUUACGUAUGACGAUCCAAACGCCGAAGCUUCGAUCUACGUGGUCGAGCAGAGCCCGGACGGAAAUGUCCGAAUAAAAUGGGGUGUGGCUGAUGAACAAUAUUGGUACUGGGCACAAGACAAUAACGAUUUGAUAGAGGUCGAUCCUGUAAGUCAGGGGAAUCAGUUCUGGCCGGUCAAAAUGGACGAAAACUCAAUCGCGCUCCGCAGCAUUUAUAACAAACAAUUCUGCCGGCAUCUCUCUAAUGAUGUGUACCUGGAUUGUCUGAGCGCGUCGGCUCCCACUAUCACAAAGCAGGCAAUAAUGCAGGUGCAAGAACUAGUGUUGGAUAGGAAGAUGACCAACGUCAAGUACCAGAUGGAGUAUGGCCGUAUCUUCAACGAGCAGCCUUACCUGGGGGGGACGUCUCAGCUGACCAACGAAGCCGAAGAGGAGGCUUCUAUGUCAGUCUCGAUUACGUACACAGACGAGAAAACUUCCACUUUUACCGGUGGCUUCUCGCUGACGGCGGGUGUUUCCGCCUCUAUCGAAGCUGGCGUUCCCCUCAUCGAGAAAGCAACGAUUACAGUCAAUUAUUCGGCAACUGCGACGUUCGAGUGGAGCACUGAAACCAAAACUUCAACAUCAGUUACGGCUUCUGGUACAGUUCCUGUGCCUGGGAGGAGCACGGUUACGGUUGAAUACGUGGGAACCAAGGGCACCUGCAAUAUUCCGUUUUCUUACACUCAGGCAGACAAGAGCUCCACUGACGGCCACACUACUUAUACUGAGGUGAGUGAUGGUGUUUACACUGGCGUCAAUUGUUACAACUUCUACUUUACCGUCACAUCAGUUGAGCCGCUCCCAGCCUCUUCUUUAUCUUUAUUCUAAUAAAAUCAUUUCCACAAAAGUGUUGUUUAAUAUUGUACGUAUCCAUCCUUUUCCAGUACGGGAUUCCUCAAUGCUUUGUUUAAUGUUUUUGUAUUUCUAUUUCUUGUAAUUUUGUGUUGUUGCAAUUUCUUAUUUUAUAUAAUAUCGAGGCCAGGCAAGCCCAC